GAUGGAAACGGUUGAUACUAGCGAAGUUAGCUCCGUAACAUCAGUUAUGGGCGAAAGAAAUAUACCAGAACGCGAUGUAAUUUAUUUUAAAAAUGUCUUUAAAGAGAAGUUUUACAACGGUGUACCGUCCGGUUUAAUUCUUCAUGGGAUUAAUUUGAAAUGCUACCGUGGAGAAUUAACAUCCCUAAUCGGUUUAGGAGAUAAUUCUGGACUCGAAGAAAUCUUGGAACUGAUCGCUGGCUCCUCGAAACCGUUAGAAGGAACAAUCAGCGUUCUAGAGGAACCAAUGAAAGGGCUAGACUAUAAUGAAUCGUUAAUAAUAUGGGAAGUUCUAAAGGAAGCCAAAUUUAAUAGAUCAAUAAUAAUUACCUGUAAAAAUUUUGAUGAAAUUGAAGGAAAUGCUGAUAGAGUUAUUGUUUUAGAAGCUGGCGUGGUUAGAUGUUGCGAAGAUGUUUCUGAUUUAACUUUUAAAAAUGGUAUUGGUUAUGAAAUUACUAUUUAUGGUAACGACGACUUUUCAUUAAGAAUAGAUAAAAUAGACGAACUCUUUAGUAAAAACUAUCCUGAUGCAAUCAUUGUCAAUAAGAACUAUCUUGAACAUCGUAUAGUCGUUCCAAACUUAAAUGGUCUAGAGAUGGCGAAUAUUUGUAAAACCUUGGAAAAAACUCCUGAAUAUAAUAUAAAAUCUUUUGACAUAUCGUUCAAAGGUAUUGAAGAAGUUAUUAAAGAGCGUAAAGAAUCUUUAAGUGAAUAUAGGGGUUCAUUGUCCUUAGAGCGUUUCCAAUUGAACAACAAUUUUCAAAGUAUUUUUAUAGCGUUAUAA